UAACAAAUAUUCAUGGGAGAAGAAAACCAAUCCUUCGUGACUGAAUUUGUCCUCCUGGGCCUUUCACAAGAUUCACAGACUCAAGUUCUGCUCUUCUUCCUUUUUCUGCUCGUCUACAUGCUGACUGUUCUGGGAAAUCUGCUCAUUGUUGUACUCAUUCAUAUAGACUCCAAACUCCACACGCCCAUGUACUUUUUCCUCAGGAACUUAUCCUUUGCUGAUCUCUGCUUUUCUACUACCACUGUGCCCCAGUUGUUGUUCCACUUUAUGGCAAAAAGAAAAACCAUUUCCUUUGCUGGUUGCUCGACACAGAUAUUUGUUUUUCUUUUGCUUGGAGGUACAGAGUGUGCUCUGUUGGCUGUGAUGUCCUAUGAUCGGUAUGUAGCUGUCUGCAAGCCCCUGCACUACUCCAUCAUCAUGACUCAACAAGUGUGUCUCCAGUUGGCCUUAGGGUCCUGGGUCAGUGGAGCAUUUGUUUCUCUGAUAGAUACUUCAUUCACACUAAGCCUGCCCUACCGAGGAAAGAAUGUUAUUAACCACUUUUUUUGUGAACCACCUACCCUUCUGAAGCUGGCUUCUGCAGAUACCUAUAAAACGGAAAUGACCAUCUUUGCCAUGGGUAUAGCCAUCCUCUUAGCUCCUGUUUCCCUGAUCCUUGUUUCCUACUGGAACAUUAUCUCCACUGUAAUUCGAAUGCAGUCAGGGGAAGGAAGACUCAAGGUGUUUUCUACCUGUGGCUCCCAUCUCAUUGUUGUUAUUCUUUUCUAUGGUUCAGCCAUAUUUACAUACAUGAGACCAAACACCAAGGUAAUGAAUGAGAGGGAUAAAUUUAUCUCUGUCUUCUACUCAGCUAUUACACCUAUGUUGAAUCCCCUCAUUUAUAGUCUGAGAAAUAAGGAUGUCAAAGGGGCUCUCAAAAAAAUGAUUUCAAGAUAUUUUUAA